AACCCUUGAAAGCCGAGCCGGUACAGAUCAGCGAAAUCACCCCCAACGCCCCAACGCACCCACCAUCACAGCUCCGGCGGCGGCGACCAGAAGAGAACACCACCACCACGAAGGCGAUGGCGGCGUCGCUAAACCGCGGACUCCGCUCCGGGAUCCACCUCCUCGCCACCGGCGUCGAGGCCUCCAAGCCAGCUUCACGUGGAUUCCAUGCCACUGGUGUCAAGAGGAUGGGAGGACACGGUCAUGAUGAGCCAUACUACCUCCACGCCAAGCACAUGUACAACUUGCACAGGAUGAAGCAUCAGAAGCUGACGGCAUGGUCUUCUGUCCUGGGAGCAGUUAGCAUUGGUGUGGGUGUCCCAGUAUACGCCGUCAUCUUCCAGCAGAAGAAGACUUCCUCUGGAUGACUGAUGAGCUUACUUACGUACUCCCAGGGCCUACUUAUUGGACGUAUUUUCAAUAGCACUUUCUCAAGUUAAAGCUGGCACUUCAUUCCACCCUUGUUGUUUCUUUUUACUCCAUUUGCUCUUAGCAGAAGCUCUGAAGCUAUAACCUCUUUCCUCGUGUCUGUUGUAGGGCACUGCCUUGUGUUAAUAAUACAGUGUGGCUUGAACUUUCCAGGCUGUGGAUAAACAUGUUGUUUGAGUUGUUCUUGGCACCUGUUGAUCUC